AUGGACUCUGAUCCUUACUGUGGAGGCCACCUGAGACUGCCAUUUGCAUUUACCAGCAUCUUACUGAGGAAUCUGAAGUGCCACAGCUCUCACCUGGCUGGGAGCAAGAGGCAGCCACCAUACCUCCAACACAGUGCUGUGAAAGGACUCCUGCAUGAUCACUAUCUUGGGAGGUGUUCACUAUCUUUAAGACCAGAAAGACUCAGUUUAGGCAGAAUCAAAGCUUUUCUGCCUAACUUACUGCUUAACAUUUCUCUCAUAUCUUUCUUUUCACAGUAUGUGGCAUUUGCCUCCCUCUUCUUCAUUCUGGUCUCCAUCACCACCUUCUGCCUCGAGACCCACGAGAGAUUUAACCCCAUUGUGAACAAGACAGAAACUGAAUUCAUCGGGAAUGACACCCAGGUGCGGCACUACAGGGAAGCAGAGACUGAAGCCUUCCUCACCUACAUCGAAGGUGUCUGUGUGGUCUGGUUUACAUUUGAGUUCUUGAUGAGAGUCACGUUCUGCCCAAACAAGGUGGAAUUUAUCAAAAACUCUUUGAACAUCAUUGACUUUGUGGCCAUACUGCCUUUCUAUCUAGAGGUUGGACUCAGUGGCCUGUCUUCCAAAGCUGCUAAGGAUGUCCUGGGCUUCCUCCGUGUAGUCCGUUUCGUGCGAAUCCUGCGAAUUUUCAAGCUGACCCGCCACUUCGUUGGGUUGCGGGUCUUGGGACACACCCUCCGUGCCAGCACAAACGAAUUCUUGCUGCUCAUCAUAUUUCUGGCAUUGGGCGUCUUAAUCUUUGCCACGAUGAUCUAUUAUGCCGAGAGAAUAGGUGCUAAACCAAAUGACCCUAGUGCCAGUGAACACACACACUUUAAAAACAUCCCCAUCGGCUUCUGGUGGGCUGUUGUCACCAUGACGACCCUGGGCUACGGAGACAUGUAUCCUCAGACUUGGUCAGGCAUGCUGGUGGGGGCCCUCUGCGCUCUCGCUGGUGUGCUGACCAUUGCCAUGCCUGUCCCUGUCAUUGUGAACAAUUUCGGAAUGUAUUACUCCUUAGCUAUGGCUAAGCAGAAGCUACCAAAGAAAAAAAAGAAGCAUAUCCCGAGGCCACCCCAGCUGGGAUCCCCCAAUUAUUGUAAAUCUGUCGUAAACUCUCCACAUCACAGUACUCAGAGCGACACUUGCCCACUGGCCCAAGAAGAAAUUUUAGAAAUUAACAGAGCAGGUAGGAAACCUCUUAGAGGAAUGUCCAUCUGACCGUUAAUCUCCAUCCCGCGUAGUGAUUUAAGAUUCAGCCAGACUGCUUUCUUAGAGCAAUGGGUAGCACAUUUAUCCAUUCUAGUCCCACCAUCACACAGUGAAUAAUAUGUGUGAAAUCUAGGUUGCAGGGACAAAUGGUACAGUGGAGGCUGAUCAGCAAAACUAAGCAUGAGAGCACGCUCUAGGAGCCCAAACUUUGGUCCUGGUUAAGGGCAUACAAGUCUCAAGAUAUUCUGAAGAGCUGUUACAUCUAGUGGAAGAAUUUUGAGAGUUCUACAGCUAUUUUGCUGGACUAUGUAAUGCAUCUCAGAGGCUCCUGAGAGCUGAAUGCUUCAUAGAGCAGAGUAGGAGCCAAGUACUCAGCAAUUACAGAGUUCUCUGACAAAACAGGGCUGGAAUUCAAAACAGCCAGAUGCUUUCUCAUUUGUUCCCAAUUGGGACCUUUCAGCUGUUUUAAAUGGCAGAUAUUGUACAUCUCAUUACAGAAACUAGGUGCCUAGUAAGUUGAAGGGACAACUAUACCAUCAUGCAUAUUCAUGAGACGAUCCGUCUCUUUCUGAUGAUUAACUGCAAAGUAGAACAACAGCUCAAAUUCUUGACACUAAUACAAAAUGACUCAUUCUGAGACAAGACUAGAUGUAAGGAUGUUUAUUCCAUGGCAUGUUAACCAGUUAUUCUAUAAUAUUCCACUAGAAAUUAGCAUUUAGAAGUAUGAAGAGUUUUGAACUACAUUUUCUAAACCACACUCCUUUUUGGGUUGGUGAGUUAGAGCUCUCAACCUAGCGGCAGAGGCUGACUGCAAAAGGUCUGACUGGUCAUUACUGGCUGGUUUGACCUGAACAGUGAUUGUCUCAUAUUAUGGUAUUUUUACUUUUAAUUAUACUGAUUUAUGUCAGCAAUAGGUGAAACCAGAGCAAAAUUAAUCAUACUAAUUCUACCAGGGGGGAGGGAAAUGAAAAAAAUACUAGUCACCAUGGAAUAUAUUAUAAUAUCCCAUGGCUAGUGGUUAAUUAUGGGAAUAUCUCAGUUUUAUGAGAAUCCUCCUAUAGCACAUAAUGUUACGGGGCUCCAAUUUGAUUGUUUCAACCCCAUAAUCUACCUCUACCCACGGAAUAUCACUAUUUAUUCUAUGGAGUAAUUUCAAAGUAGAUAAUAAUGUCAAAAACAAAGCCAACUGCAUUUUUGGCAGAUGUCCCAACCAAGUUGCAUAGUAGACAUUUUAUAGCCUAUUCAGAACAUUCCCCUGUGUUGCAUUAGAUAAAACAGAUCUCCAAUCAAGUGAUGUUAACUGACAUCUAGACAAGGAAUGUUUGGAAAGAGCUAGAGUAUACCUAUGAUGGUCUUGUGUUAUCAUUUUUUUUACUUUGAAGAAAAUUCUAAUUUGUUACUCAUCCUGAGUGAGGUAUUUUCUUGUCAUCUCAUAGCCAUGCAUGUUGAUGUCAUUGUGAGAAGCACAAAGAAAGCAAGACUUUCCUUUGUGUAUAACUUCACCUAUGCCAAUGCUAAUUUUGGAGGGGAAGACCUGGUGGGAACUUUUCUCUCUUCUUUUGUCUUUUUCCUUUUGUGCAACUGUGUAAAAUCCAUUCAGAAGGUAAAGAGCUUUCUUUUUUUUUUUUUC